AAUUUAAAGGACUAAACUCUUUUGACUCUUUUCUUUUACUCACGCAUUGGCCAUGAAAUUUCAAAGAACUCAGCUGGUUGUUUUAAUUGUGUGACAUAUCUGAUCCAGAACAUAUUUUUGCCUGAGUAAAUAUACAGCUGUCCAGUCGAAAUGCAGAAGCAAGUGGAGGUCAGGAUGAGCGAGAGCCACAUAGACCCAAUCGUGGAGACUCCCGAGAAUCCAUGUAGUAAUAUCUGUGAAAAGAUAAUGAAGAACAUGGUUCUCACUCUCACAAUCCUCGGUGUGUUUCUUGGUUCUAUUGCUGGAAUGCUUCUGAGGCACAUAUCCCCCCUCCCUCCUGACAUCAUAAUGAUCAUUGCCUUUCCCGGGGAGAUCCUAAUGAGGAUGUUAAAAAUGCUUAUUUUGCCUCUUGUUGUUUCCAGUUUAGUUACAGGACUUGCGGGUUUGGAUGCCAAAUCCAGUGGUCGCUUAGGCACGAGGGCGAUGGUUUACUACAUGUCCACCACAAUAAUUGCAGCAGUCUUAGGAGUAAUCUUGGUGUUGCUCAUCCAUCCAGGGAAUCCCAAAUUGAGAGCUAACCUUGGACAGGGAAAGAAGAAUGAUGAAGUAUCCAGCAUGGAUGCUUUCUUCGAUCUCAUUCGAAAUCUUUUCCCAGAAAAUCUGGUGCAGGCCUGUUUCCAGCAGAUCCAGACAGUAACCACCAAAGUACCGGUGCCAACCAACAGGACCAGAGCACCUCCACAGUUCACAGUUAAGAGGUCGCUUCAGUUCAAGAGUGGGAUGAAUGUCCUAGGGCUGAUUGGAUUCUUUGUAGCAUUUGGAGUCAUCAUGGGGAAAAUGGGAGAGAAGGCCAAGCUGAUGUUGGAGUUUUUCAAUGUUCUAAAUGAAAUUGUUAUGAGGCUUGUGGGCGCAAUUAUGUGGUAUUCUCCUCUUGGUAUCGGCUGCCUUAUCUGUGGAAAGAUAAUCUCUAUUGCUGACUUGGAGGUGGUAGCCAGGCAGCUUGGGAUGUACAUGGUUACUGUGAUAGUGGGCCUUAUCAUCCAUGGAGGCAUUUUCCUGCCGUUAAUAUAUUUUGUGACAGUAAAAAAAAAUCCCUUCACUUUCUUCAUGGGAAUAUUUCAAGCCUGGGUCACUGCGCUUGGAACAGCAUCCAGCGCCGGUACGUUGCCCGUCACAUUCCGAUGCUUAGAGGAAAACCUGGGCAUCGACAAGAGAGUCACACGCUUUGUCCUCCCUGUGGGGGCCACUAUUAACAUGGAUGGUACAGCACUCUACGAGGCAGUGGCAGCCAUCUUCAUCGCUCAGAUGAAUGGCAUUGAGCUGGACUGGGGCCAAAUAGUCACUGUGAGCAUGACCGCCACCUUGGCCAGUGUUGGAGCUGCCAGUAUUCCCAGUGCAGGACUUGUGACCAUGCUUCUCAUUCUGACAGCAGUAGGACUCCCCACUCAGGACAUAAGCCUUCUAGUUGCAGUUGAUUGGCUGCUUGAUCGUUUUCGAACCUCCGUUAAUGUAGUUGGGGACUCCUACGGCGCUGGAAUUGUUUACCACCUUUCCAAAGAUGAACUUGACAUGUAUGAUGCCCAACAGACCCGAAUGGAUGACUUGGAGAUGGCAAAGACACAGUCGUUCUUCGAAAACAACACCAACCAGAAUGUGUAUGCUCACCACAACUCAAUCCUGAUAGACAACGGCAAGGUCAAAAACGGCAGAAACGGCAACACUCCAGAGUUCUCUAUUGUUGAGGAGGAUCCCUGGAAUUUCAAGUAAUGCAGAUUCAGCACUUUAGCCUGAGUUUGACCAGCUUUUAUCUUUUGAGGUCACAAAGUUAAUAAGAAAAAAAGAAAAGAAAAAAAACUUUUGUGCAAGGACACAAAGAGUGAGUGUACUGAGACUACACACACGGAAACUCUACUGCAAGAGCAAACUGUUGGCAAGUCGGGGAAAUCUCUUGCUCUUCUGGGUAACUGCUAGAGGACGCUGUGCUUUAGCACCUUAAACUUUGUCAUGCUUCCAGAAGUUAUGCAUACACAUAAACUGGACUGAAAUUGUGUGCUUGAAGCGAUUCAUCAAAGAGCUGGCUGACGUCUGUCAGGAUCUUACUGAGGGUUGCUGCAUAAUUCCUAUACUGUCAAGAUUAAGCCUAAUGUUUUAUUUUGGAACAACUGAUUCUAUAAUGUUGUGUUUAAGGACUUGUCCCGUGACUUAACGUAUAAACACACAUAAAAAUUGGAGAUACUGACAUAAGAUUCAAAAUUAAAUAAGACAAAUGCUGCAGAAAUCCAUGCUUCAGUAAUUGUUUACCUUCCCAGACAUUUACAAUGCAUUGUUGUAUUUUACCAAAUAACUAAACGUGUUGUUUUGUCUAUUAGGAUGUUAAAAAAGGACAUCAAGUUAAUGUAACCUGACUUCAACUGGCAUUAAUCUUAAAGUACAGUACAGUUAAGGAUUGUAUUACCUCUAACUGUUUGAUUUAUGGGAUUAUACCUUCACGCACGUGGUAAAGCCUAAGAAGUUAAGCUUAAUACUUAAGACAGGGAGGGAAUCUAAAAGUGGCAACAAACUGUACAGAACAGGGUGUGUUGUUGAGAGUAAAUCUGUUCAAAUCUUUUACUGCAUUUCUUUAUUUAUUUCUUUAUUUCUACUUUAAGUAUCUGUUGUUACAUGUGAACCAAGGAGUGACUGUUUGCCUGUGUACUGGAAAUGAGGUUAAUCAUGGUGCAUUUUUGGGCAGAAAAGAUGGUUAAAAAAACAAAAGCUAUUGGUUCUCUUAUUCUCUUAUUAGUUUUUCUCUUAAAAUCUAAGUAGACUUUAUUGUUUUGUGUUUUAUUACAAAUGGUCCUUUUUUUCUGUGCUAUAUGUCAACCUUGCCUUGAAUAUGUUAUAUUCAGAGUGUGAUCACUUUGAUUAAAAAUAAAGUUACUAACCUACUUGGUGUACCAAAGCUCACCGGAUAUGUUUGCAGAGAAAAUAAAGCAUUUGGGGAUGGCUGGGCCUUCUCAUAAGAUUAUAUUAUAUUUUCUGGUUUUUCACAUCAGAUUUGCAUAUAAAUAACAAGCUUGUAAUUUGAUCUAGACUUAAUUAACCAUGGUCACAUCUGUGCAGUAAGUGCACUCUAAAAUCUGCCUCCAGCACUUGUGUAAAUCCAGCGCUGUAACAACAAGGUCACUGUAUGUUGUUUUGAACAUGCUUUUGAGUAUCACAGGGUAGAAAUUCUAAUUGAUCCUUGCAAACAAACAUAUUUUUUAUACAAGCAGCAGCUUGAAUAUCCAUGUUUAAAGUGCCUGUUUGCACUUUUUGUAUAUAUUCACUUUUAGAGCCAUUUUACAAUUCAACUGUAUAGAUUUGACAAUUUUUGUCAAAAGUAUUUUUGCUAUUAUAAAUGUUUCUAUGAGGAUGAUGCUAAUAAUAAACUGUGUUAAACAAUGUUAGGCAAAAGCAAUUUCUGUACUUAUCUGUUGGCCCAGUAGGCAUUUUGAUCAGCUGUUUGUGAAAAAAUUACAGUGAUGAUUUUUAAUUUAAAGAAAAAGAAAGAUUAUUUUAUAUCUGACCCAAUAUAGAUGUACUCAAGGGGUUUGAGUCUGUGAAGGUGUGUGGGGAUUGUCAUGAUGGUAGCUGCAUUAUGGCUAAAUGGUAAAAACAAUAUUAAGUACUCCUCUUCCUAUUAUUUAACUGACUUGAAAUAUAAGCUGUUUGCAUUAUAAGAUAAAUUUUUGUUUUUUUUAUCUGUGAGGCAAAAUUAAAGAUUCUGUUUUUAAAUGGUUUUCUGAUUUAAAAAUAUACUCAAUUGGUCUAUUUUUGUGAUUUACUUUAAA